AUGGCCAGCCACGAUAUUAGUAGUAACAAUAAUGGUAAUAACAACAACCAGUACGCGACACCUCCAACGAGGGCCUCUCAGACAGCCGUCUCGAACAGCGUCAUGAUGGCCGUGAUGCGAGACAGUGGAAACAGUAGCACCACCCUGAUGAAUCAAUUGGAAGCGCGCAUGGGACAAAUCUUUGACGAUGCCGAUCAUCGUCGGUGUUCCGAAGGAAAUCAACGGGCGCUGCUAGCGGAAAAGUUGGAAAAUCUACGACAGCUCACCAAGGAACUCGAAAAGGACGAAUGGAUGUACGCCGAACAAAAGACCAACAGUGGAUUGACGUUGACAAGAAUGCCAGCAGCCAAACAAUAUCCAUUCUAA